GUCAGAGCUUCUGACACCCUGCUGGUCCCUUGGAUGUGGAGUCCCAAUAUGAAGUGCUUCUGGAAAGUUCUGCGGGCAGCUCCUCUGCUCUUUCUCCUGCUCCUUCCCAGCGCUGCCUCUCCAGCCUCAAAUGACCUCUCUAGCCCCAGAUUCUCCCAAGGGCAUAACUGCUUAGGGUGUGUGGCGGUGGUGUCUGUGGUGGAACAGCUCGCUCAAGUUCACAACUCUACCUUCUUAACCUCCAUGGAUAGACUGUGCAGCUACCUUCCAGAAAAGCUGUUCUUGAAAACUGCAUGCUAUUUAAUGAUUCAGAUGUUUGGGCCAGAUAUCAUAAAACUGCUUAGCACAGAUAUGAAUGCUGAUGUGGUGUGUCACACUCUGAAAUUCUGUAAACAAGAAAUGGGUCAACCUUUGUGUCAUCUCUACCCUCCCCCAAAGGAGACGUGGAAAUUUGCACUGAAAAAGGCAAGAUGGAUUGUCAAGAAAUCCCCUGUUCUGAAACAUUCUGGAAGUGACUUCAAUAUUUGUUCACUCCCAAUUUUGGCUAACAUCUGCCAGAAGAUUGAAUUUGCUAUAAAAAAUUCGGUGCCAUUCAAAGACAUGGAUUCAGACAAGUACAGUGUUUUCCCCACUCUGCGGGGUUAUCACUGGCGUGGGAGAGACUGCAAUGACAGCAACAAGAUGGUAUACCCAGGAAGAAGGCCAGACAACUGGGAUAUACAUCAGGAUUCUAACUGUAAUGGCAUUUGGGGGAUUGAUCCAAGUGAUGGAAUUCCAUAUGAGAAAAAAUUCUGUGAAGGUUCAGAACCCAGGGGAAUUAUUGUGCUGGGAGACUCAGCCGGGGCUCAUUUUCAAAUCUCUCCCCAGUGGCUCACAGCUUCGCAGAUGUCUCUGAAAUCCUUUUACAACUUACCAACAACUCUUACUGAUGAACUCAACUGGCCCCAACUCUCUGGCAUCACAGGAUUUCUGGACCCCACUAGUCGAAUUAAAGAAAAGUCUAUCUAUCUACGCUUAAGGGAAAGAAACCGCUGCAAUCACAGGGAUUACCAGAAUAUUGCAAGAAAUGGUGCAUCAUCUCAAAAUUUGGAGUCAUUUAUAGAAAGUUUGUCUAGGAACCAACUGUUGGACCAUCCAGCCAUUGUCAUCUACGCCAUGGUUGGAAAUGAUGUGUGCAGUAGGAAAGAGGACCCAGUCCCGGAGAUGACCACUCCUGAGAAAUUUUAUUCAAAAGUCAUGCAGACUUUGAAGUAUCUAAACUCCCACCUGCCCAAGGGCAGUCAUGUGAUCUUACAUGGCUUACCAGAUGGAAACUUCCUCUGGGAUCAUUUGCACAACAGAUAUCAUCCUCUUGGCCAGCUGAAUAAGGAUGUGACCUACUCACAGUUCUACUCCUUCCUGAACUGUCUCCAGGUCAGCCCCUGCCAUAACUGGAUGUCAUCCAACAAGACACUUCGUACUCUCACUUCAGAGAGAGCACAACAACUCUCCAAUACGCUGAAAAAAAUUUCAACCACAGAGAAAUUUACAAAUUUCGAUCUUUCCUACGUGGAUUUUGAUUUCCAAGAGAUCUCUGAGGAGUGGCAGAAAAGAGGUGGGCAGCCCUGGCAACUCAUUGAGCCCGUGGACGGAUUCCAUCCCAAUGAGGUGGCUUUGCUGCUGCUGGCAGAUCAACUCUGGAAGAAGGUGAUGCUCCAGUGGCCCCAGGUCCUGGGAAAGGAGAACCCAUUCAACCACCAGAUUGAACAGGUGUUUGGAGACCAAGGGGGCCACUGAGCCUCCAUAUAGCUUAGGGAGGGAGA